AUGACGGUAGAGCAAACCUAUAGGGACCGGUCUCCUCUGGUCGCGUUCCAAUCCUUGCUGUCACCAGAUUUCCAAGAAAGAACUCGGAAAGGUUCUGACUGUUGGACACGGCGCCGCGUUGACCGUCCGAUUUACUACAAUGCGAGCCAAACCAGAAGAAAUCAGUCCGGUCUCGAUAUUCUACGGAAUUUCGAAGGCGUGGUGCAGCCGGGCGAAAUGCUCGUCGUCCGUGGACCCUCUGGCUCCGCGUGUUCUACCUUUCUCAAGACCAUUACCGGCGAGACGCACGGCUUCAAUCUCAGUGAAGAUUCUUCCGUCAACGACCAAGGCAUACGCUACAAGCAGAUGCACAACGAUUUCCGGGGUGAGGCGAUCUAUACCGCAGAACAUCGACGAUAA